GUAAAGUUCUGAUGUCGUUACCAAAAUAAACACACAGUGCAACGUGGAAAUACAUUUACAAUGUUGCAGACAGUGCAGGAUGCUAGUGACUGCUUUGUGUAUUCUGAAAAUGAUCUUUUAAAGAAUUGUCAACUGGAUAAAGAUUAUCAACUUAGUGAAUUUGACAUCCAACUGAGAAAGAGCUGGGAUGAUAAAAUGAAGAAUGGACAUUUCCGUUAUCAUUUAGACAAAGUAGAAACAAAGAUUAUACCAGGGUCAUUGAAAUAUGUUGCACAGCUAAACGUUAAGAGAGCUACAGAAAGAAGACCACCACAGAAUAUUACCAUAGUGAAUCAACCAUUUGACAGUAAAGUAUUUAAUUUUACAAAAGUGAAGGAGGAUGAGAUUAUAUUUAGAUUAGAGAAAUCAGAAAAUGAUGGACAACAGCAGUGUAAUGGACAUACAGAUUCAAAAAAUGAAAAAAGAAAUAUUGUAAUGGUAAAUGUAAGUCCAUUAGAGUAUGGCCAUAUACUGAUCUGUCCUGAUAUUGAUGCUUCUAAACCACAACUUUUAGAUGAAUAUGCCCUUAAACUAGCCAUUAACUGUCAGCUACUAAGUAAACAUAAGGGAUUUAGACUUGGUUUUAACAGUCUGUGUGCCUUUGCCUCAGUUAAUCAUCAACAUGUACAUGCAUAUUACUUAGAGCAAGAAAUAUUUGCAGAAAAAUGUCCUGUCCGACAUUUAAAGGGACCCGUGUAUGAAUUAGAUGUCAUUCCUUGUAAAGGUUUUGUGUUCCAAUUGUUGGGCUCUACUGUAGACCAGCUAACAAUAGAUGUUUUAAAAAUGACAGAAUAUUUACAAAGUAAUGAAGUAGCACACAAUGUGUUCAUGACAAGAGGUACAGCAUUUGGUGAUAAUAACAAAGAAGAUACUAUCAGAAUAUAUGUGUGGCCAAGGGCAAAGUUCAUUGGUAUAAAAGAAGAAGCUGCCUUUAAUGUAGCUGUAGUAGAGCUUGCUGGACAUUUGCCAAUCAAAGUUGAGAAGUUAUAUGAAGAUCUGACGGAAGAGUUGAUUUUUGACACUGUACGAGAAGCAGCCUUACCUGAGGAGGAAUACAAAAAUAUAAAAGACAAUAUACUCAAAUUGUAUCAUAGUUGAUAAUAAUUGACUUUUAGUUGUGCUAAAUGGUUGCCCUGUAAAGUAUGUUAUAUGAUAUACAAUAAUAGCAUACAAGAUUUAGGUUUAAACUAAAAUGCAGUUUUAUUUUACUUAUUUUGAUCAGACUAUAUACAAAAUAAGCAUAUUAUACCCAUUGUUUGAGAUUAAAGAUACUAUUUGUAUCAGGCUAAGUGACAGGAACAAAUGUUAGGCUUGCUGAGUACAAAUUAAUUUUAUAUCCGAUAUAAUGUAUAGUUAUUCUCUUUAUACUGCAGCCUAACCAUUGGAGAUGAAGCUGUUGAUGUAAAAAUUCUGUGAAGUUGACAUCCUUCAUCAGGUCAUAAAUAAAGAUUAUGGAAACAUUUUGUAAACUUCACAAACAAAUCUUGAUAUGGUCAGCAACAAUAUAAAUUGAUUGUGUGAUUAGCAUGGUUGCAUAUAAUUUUUGAUAUAUUUUUUAAAAAGUCUGUAUACCUAGACUUACAGAUUUAAUGAUAUAUUUCAUAAAAUUGAAAGCAGCUGUUAAAAGGAGACUUUAAAGAUUUAAUUUUGUUUUGCCUCUUUUGCCCCUUUAAAUGUCAUCAUUUUACAAUAAAAGGCACAAUUUACAACAUUGUAUAUCUGCCUUUAAUAUCCAAGUAUCAGUAAGAUAACCUUUGAUAUCAGUCAGCUUAAUUAAUUUGAUAGCAGAAAUUUUUCAGUAAUAAUUACAUAACUGAACUUAAAAGAUGUCCCUGUAAAAUUUUUAUGUAUAAACAAGGGAAAGGUUUGAUGUCAAAGUACAAAAAUGAUUGUUUUAGCAAAAUGUCUGAAUCCUAAAUGGUAUUAAGUAACUACAUUUUGGUUGUGAUUGUCCAUGGUAAUAUGUAGAAGUGAAUCUGCUCAACAAUCAAUGAACAUAAGUCUAUAUUAUUAUUUAUAUCAUGUGUCAUUAUUUACAGAGUAUAUAGCUAGGUAUUGUAAAAAAGUGGUGUUCAUUUAUAUUUAUGCAUAAUAUUUAAGUUUUAAAAACUUGCGACUGUUGGGGUUGUCAUAAUUAAUUUUUUGUCUUAAGUAAAUUUUGCCAGAGCAUCUUCAUCUCCAGAAUUGGGUAAGACCUUAAGAUAUUCAUACCACAUUAAACCUAUGGUAGUACAUGUAGUACAGAUGUUGGAUGUCACGUAAUUAUCACAUAUCCAAUAAUCAUUUGGUAAUUUGUGUAGUUGGGUUGCUGUCUCAUUGACAUAAAGUCCACAUAUUUUAUUCAUAGUAUACUAUACUCUAAUAAUUAUUAGCAGUUUCUGAGGAAUUUAAUUCAGUUUUGUUAUAAAUUUUGUAUCUACCACCUGGCAUUUAUAGUGAUCAUGUGGUCAGUGAGGGUAUACAGAUUCUGAACAUUUGGUAUUCUAGGCCAGGGGCUCUUUUCACCAAAAAAUGUCAUGAAAAUUCCAGUAUACUUACUAUCAAUUUCAAUCCUAAGUAUGUUGUGAAAAGAGUUACUGGAAUAAAUGAGGCUUUUUUUUUGGGGGGGGGGGGGGGGUGUCAGCAAUUCAAUGUUUUUAUAUUUUUUACAAAUUUUAUAACAGUUGUUUUUCAUAUGUUAUUGCUGUUAUUAACCUUGAUGUAUAUGUCGUGAUAAUAAAUAAUAUAUUUGUUGUUUUUUAUCCUUUUUAUGUAUUAUUUCUUUAUUUUGGGAUUAUUAAAAUUAUUUUUUA